AUGGCUUGCGUAACAAGCGUGAGGUCUGGCGUGUCCAGCUCACUUUGUCCAAGAUCCGUCGUGCUGCUCGGUACGAAUAUCUUCGGCGUUAUCUGCGUCGCUAUCACGUUGAUACGUAAAGAUACAGCCACGCUAACAUUGUGUUUGGCGCGUUACAGUGAACUUCUCACUCUCGACGAAAAGGAUCCCAAGCGUCUCUUCGAAGGUAACGCCUUGAUUCGCCGUCUUGUUCGUGUUGGUGUGCUCGACGAGUCCCGCAUGAAGCUCGAUUACGUCUUGGCCCUCAAGGUUGAGGAUUUCUUGGAACGCCGUCUCCAGACCUGUGUCUACAGACUCGGUCUCGCCAAGUCCAUUCACCACGCUCGUGUGCUCAUCAAGCAGCGACACAUCCGCGUUGGAAAACAAAUCGUCAAUGUCCCCUCGUUCAUCGUCCGUCUCGACUCCCAGAAACACAUUGAUUUUGCUCUUACCUCGCCGUUUGGCAGUGGUCGCCCCGGACGCGUCCGAAGAAAGAAGAUGAAGGCUGCCGAGAAGGGCGAUGAGGAAGCUGAGGAGGAAGAGGAGUAG